AACUUUUUUUGUACACAUAUACGUACACACACACGCAAGACCAAGAGCUCAGAUCAGUACUUUUACACGAGUGCUUGUCGGCAAACCGGAAACUCAGUUCAAAACUCCACACGAUUUCGUCCGGAAUUCAGCUACACCACGGCCCGAGAAUUGCCUGGAAUUUAUUUGUGGACACCACUGCACUCAUGGUUAACCAAAGGGGUGGACUGUCGUGAGAAGUGGAGGGUUAAGAUGGGACGAAAACUCGGACCGGAUUUUAAGAUGCCCCGCUUGGAUUUGAUACUGGUGGCGGUCCUGGUCUUUACAGUGGUGCAGUGCACGACCGUUGUUCGAGCUUCCUGUGGACCCGACACCUGCCUCAAUGGUGGUGCAUGCGUGACCAUCCCCGGCAGUGUAUCUCAGUGCCAGUGUCCUGACACCCAUGUGGGCGACACCUGCCAGUUUAACAACCCUUGCCGCCACAACCGCUGCCAGAACCGGGCCACCUGUCUGGUGGUGAUGCCGGCGGACGGCUCCCAGCCCACCUUUAACUGCCAGUGCGACGUGGGCUGGACCAACUCCCUUUGCGAACUGGAACUGCCUAAUGUCUGCCGGGAUGAGCAGCCUUGCCAGAAUGGCGGCCGCUGCAGCCUGCGGGGCUCUGUGGAUGACUACACCUGCGCCUGCAGCCAGGGCUUCACAGGAAGAAACUGUACCAUGACUGACCACUGCGUGGACAACCCCUGUCAGAAUGGCGCCACCUGCAACUCACAUGCCACUGGCUACAACUGCAGCUGCACCAUCUUCUACCGGGGCACCCACUGCAACAUUGACAUUGAUGAGUGCACGGCUCAGGUGACGGCCUGCCACAACGGCGGCACCUGCACCAAUGUGAACGGCUCUUUCAUCUGUACCUGCCCGCAGGGCUACACAGGCCGGCGCUGCGAGUCCAUCUACACCCCAUGCCGGCCCAACCCGUGCCACAAUGGGGGCGAGUGCAACCCGACGGGUCUGUACUCUCACGAGUGCAUCUGCCCCUCAGGUUACACGGGUACCAUGUGCGAAACCAAUAUUGAUGAUUGCAUUUACCACCAGUGCCAGAAUGAUGGGUUCUGUAUAGACGGAAUUGACUCCUACACCUGCAGUUGCCCCCCAGAGUACACAGGCCAAUACUGCACGGAGGAUGUUGACGAGUGCACGCAGCAGCCAGAUCUGUGUAGGAACGGAGCCACCUGCCGCAACAGUGUCGGUGGCUACCGGUGCCUGUGCGUCUACGGCUUUGAAGGGGAGCACUGCGAGCAAGAUAGCAACGCCUGCGAGACCAACCCAUGCGAGCAUGGCGCAACGUGUCAGGACGAGGUGGCCAGCUUCAAGUGUAUCUGCGCGCCUGGGUUCACCGGAUUGUUCUGUCACCUUGAGGAUGCCUGCAUCAGUAACCCCUGUGCAGCCUCGGCUACCUGCAACACCAACCCCAGCACGGGCGACGCUGUCUGCCAUUGCCCCAUGGGUCUUAUGGGCAGUGACUGCUCCAUCGACGUAGACGAGUGUCUGUAUGAUCCAUGUGAGGUUGACCGUGGCAAUGAAUGCGUCAAUACUUUUGGCUCUUACCGUUGUAACUGCCCGCCCGGUUACACAGGGAUGCGUUGUGAGAUCGACGUUAACGAGUGCGAAUCAAAUCCAUGCGUCAACGGGGCCACUUGCCUGAAUCUGGCCGGGAUGUUCCGAUGCGUCUGCAUCAUAGGCUACACUGGUACAUACUGUGAAAAUGACCUCAACGAGUGUCACAGCAACCCCUGCCUGAAUGACGGUGUCUGCCUGGACCAGGUGGGCCGGUAUCGGUGCAACUGCCUGGAGGGCUUCAUGGGGCCGCGCUGUGACCAGAAUGUGGAUGAGUGUGCGUCCGAUCCCUGCCAAAACGGCGGACUGUGCUAUGAUGGGGUGAACCAGUACACGUGCACCUGUCAAAGCGGCUACACCGGCUUCAAUUGUGAGACUGACUUUGACGAUUGCCAGCACGACCCCUGCUUUUACGGCCACUGCGAGGACGCCCUCGAUGGCUUUGUCUGCCACUGUAACCCAGGCUAUGAUGGGCGGCUGUGCGAGAACGAGAUUGAUGAGUGCUCGGACGAGCCCUGCCAGAAUGGUGGGACGUGCGUUGACCAGCUGGCGGGUUACCAGUGCAUUUGUGUGUCCGGCACCACUGGGUCUACUUGUUCUAUAAAUACUUAUGAAUGUGCAUCCAACCCCUGCGAACAUGGUGGACAGUGUAACGAUCUAAUUAAUGGAUACGAGUGUGAAUGCAUGCCUGGAUAUGAAGGGACGCACUGCCAGGUCAACAUAAAUGAAUGUGAUUCCAACCCGUGUGCAAAUGGUGGGACCUGCCAUGAUGAUGUCAAUCGAUUUAUCUGCACGUGCCCGCCAGGCUACCAUGACGCCUUCUGCUUGUCCAGCAUCAAUGAGUGCGAGAGCUCGCCGUGCCAGAAUGGUGGUACGUGCCAGGAUGGCGUCAAUGAGUACAUCUGCGAGUGUGUGGCAGGCUACAGUGGGCGCCUUUGUAACGUGGACAUUGAUGAGUGUGCCUCAAACCCGUGCCAGCAUGAUGGCCGCUGCACGAGCGACCUGGACUUCUAUGCCUGCGAGUGCCGUGAGGGCUAUGAGGGGACCAACUGCGAGGGCAAUAUUGACGACUGCGUGCAGUCCCCCUGCCGCAACAACGGCACCUGCAUCGACGGCGUGAAUGCCUUUGAGUGCGUCUGCAUCCCACCAUACACUGGUGAGGUUUGUAAUGACCUGCUGGAACCCUGUGAAAACCAUCAGUGUGAGAAUGGAGCCACGUGUGAGCCUUUCCCAAACUACAACGAUUACUCCUGUCGCUGUCCAAAUGGCUACACAGGUGAAUUUUGCAACCGUGACAUUGACGAAUGCGGUGAGUACCCACCUUGCCACAAUGGUGCUGUCUGCAACAACACAUUUGGCUCCUACGACUGCAUCUGCCCUCCGGGUUUUGGGGGUCAGGACUGCAUAACAAACAUCGAUGAAUGCGCAUCGGAGCCUUGCCAGAAUGGAGCGGCCUGCUUUGACAAGACCAACGACUACAUGUGCGCCUGCCUGCCGGGCUUCAUGGGCAAGAACUGUGAGACGGACACAAACGAGUGCGAGUCCAACCCCUGCCAGAACGGUGCCACCUGCCAUGACUACGUGGCCAGUUUCACCUGCGCCUGCAUGUCAGGCUUCAGCGGCGUUUACUGCCAGACCAACGACAUGGACUGCACCGAAAGUUCUUGCCUGUAUGGCGGUACAUGCGUUGAUGGCGUCAAUGAAUACACCUGUCGGUGCACUCCGGGGCACACCGGUCCCAACUGCCAGUACCAAGUGGAUGAGUGCAGCUCCAAUCCUUGCCAGAACGGGGCCACCUGUGUGGACCACACCGGCUACUACACCUGCAACUGUGCACUGGGUUACCUCGGAGACAACUGCCAGGAUCUGGUUGACUGGUGCAGCGCGGACAAUAACCCUUGCUCCAAUGGGGCCACCUGCACCCAGACGGGCAACAGAUAUGCCUGUACCUGCGAGGGGGCAUGGGCCGGUUUCCUGUGCGAUGUCCACCAAGUGUCCUGUGAGGUUGCUGCUGCAGAAAAAGGUGUAACUGUGGACAACCUGUGCCUUCACGGUGGCAGCUGCCAGACCCGGGGCAACAGCCACACAUGCCAGUGCCUGCCAGGCUAUCAGGGAAGCUACUGCGAGACCAACAUCUGGGAGUGCGCCUCUGCGCCCUGCCUGAACGGGGGAACCUGCCAUGACGGGAUCAACGAGUACAGCUGUUCCUGUGUGCCAGGCUUUGAGGGACACAACUGUGAGCACAACGUGGACGAGUGCGCCAGUUUGCCAUGCAUGCACGGCGGCGUCUGCCAUGACCUGGUCAACUCUUACAGCUGUUCCUGCAAGUCAGGGACUGAAGGUAUCAACUGUGAGAUCAACCUGAACGACUGCUUUUCGGGGGCGUGCUUCCAUGAUGGCACCUGCCAGGACCUGAUCGGCACCUUCACCUGCGACUGCCCGCCAGGCUACGUGGGGCAGCGCUGUGAGGGGGACAUCAACGAGUGCCUAAGCAUGCCCUGUGAUGCUGAGGGCAGCUCAGGCUGCGUCCAGGAGGUCAAUGACUUUGAAUGCAUCUGUCACUUAGGAUAUGAAGGGCGGCUGUGCGAUGUACAGGUGCACUACUGUGAUUCAAACCCAUGCCAGAAUGGAGGCACGUGUAGGCUGACAAGGGGUGGAUUCCAGUGCCAGUGUGUACAGGACUUCAAAGGAGACACCUGCACGGAAGUGGUGACUGUGUGUGACGCCAAUCCAUGUCUGAAUUUGGGCACCUGUCAGCUGGACGAGACCAAUCGCCUUGGUUACGUUUGCGACUGUCCGCCUGACAUGUUUGGCAUCAACUGUGAGGUGCAUGACCCCUGCCGUGCUGCGCCCUGUACCCACGGUGGCGAGUGCCUGGCUCAGUUGAACAGCUUUGCCUGCCGGUGCCCACCCUACUGGAAUGGACAGCGCUGCCAAGUCUACGACCCCAACUUUCCGGGUGGUAUCGGGGCAGAGCCUGUGCCGGCGUCCUCUACUGUGGGCCCACCGGAUGUUGAGUCAACCGAGAAAACCCAUUGGCCACCGAUCCCAUCGACUGCCACACCGAGGGAGAGCACCACCAAUCCCGAGCCAACCACGGCCACCGGCAAUGACUUCUGCCCAGCUGCGUGCAUACCAAGGAAAGGCAAUAAUAUCUGCGAAGCGGAGUGCAAUAAUCGCGGCUGCGACUGGGAUGGCAUGGAUUGCACCUACGGCAUCGACCCUUGGAUCAACUGCACCGUCAGCACCACCAGAUGCUGGGAGCUUUAUGGUAACGGGGAGUGUGAUGAGAUCUGCAACAACAGGGAGUGCAUCUAUGAUGGCUUUGACUGCGAGGGAAGGCUGCCCGAAUGCAACCCUGUCUACGAUGCCUACUGCCAUGAGAAUUACGCCAACGAUGCCUGUGACGGUGGCUGCAACACGGCGGAGUGCAUGCUCGACGGCCUGGACUGUGAUGACCGGCUGCCCAUGUUCGCCAAGGGGGUGCUGAUCAUCAUCGUGCUUGUCCCCGUGGAGGACAUGCGCUCAGCCAACGUCAGCAAGGCGUUCUUGAGGGAGAUUGGCCAUGUGUUGCGCUCCGUGGUGGUCUUCCUGAAGGACGAGAAUGGCGAAAACCGCAUCGAACCCUGGCAGUCGGGCCAGGGUGGUGACGACCUGGGCAUCUUCUUCCGCUUUAAGCGCCAGGUGUACUUGACGGUGACUGGGAACGGGGAGGUCGUCCUGAGCAGACGUCGGAGAGCGGGGACACUCUACGGGUCCAAGACAUAUCUUCGCAUUGACAAUCGCGGCUGUUUGAGUGAUAGUAACACCUGCAUCCAGGAUGCUGGUGAUGCAGCCAAGUUGUUGGGAGCUGCUGCCUCCAAAGGAGAAAUUGACUUCCCGAUUUAUGGAGUUGGCAGUGAGCCCGACAAGCCUGCCGGGGGCAACAUGGAGCAGAUCGUUCCAGCUGUGGUUGUCAUAGUGGCCAUGGUCCUGAUUGCCUUGGUGGUCAUUGUCCGCAAGCGCCUGCGCUCGGGCAGCAUCUGGUUCCCUGAGGGUAAGUGGCGCAAGACAAGUGCGGGCAGCCGUGCGUCGGCCCAGCGCCAUGGACCCCAGGGCCAGGAGGAGCCGCCGGUGGGCUUGGCGGACGGCCAGAUCAUGCUGAGCAUCUCGGGGGUAACCACCACUGAGAGCAGCGAGGGUGAUGCACAUGAGGCUCUGGACUGGGAACGGUCCCAGGCUCGGUGCCAACCCAUGAACGACCGACCAAGGCUGCAGGCAACCAGACGGCUCAGUCCGCCCUCUGCUGCAACCACAACUCUCACCGACUUUGCAGAAAGCGAAGACCAACGGUGGAACAACAGCUCCCACCUGACACUGACACCACCCCAAAACAUCAGGGAGACAGAGGUGGAUGACCCAGGACAAGAUGGGAUGACGCCGCUGAUGUUUGCCGUCAUCAGCUGCAACGACCGGGACAGCGACGGGGAAGAAAGCUCGGCCAACACCAUUGAGGAGUUGAUCACGCAUGGGGCCAAGGUCAACGCCCAGAGCGACAGUCAGGGGGAGACGGCCCUGCACCUGGCAGCCCGCUGGGCCCACCCGGCGGCUGCCAAGAAGCUGCUGGAGCAUGGGGCCAACGCCAACGCCGAGGACCACUCGGGCCGGACACCGUUACAUACGGCCGUGGGCUCAGACGCCAUUGACGUCUUUAGGAUCCUGAUCAUGCACCGCGCCACCAACGUAGAUGCCAAGGACAACCGCGGAAUCACCCCCAUGAUGAUGGCAGCCAGACUGCAGGUCAACAUUGACAUGAUACAGGAGCUCAUCGUGGCCAACGCCGACGUCAAUGCGGCCGACAAUGAAGGCAAAUCGGCACUGCAUUGGGCGUCCCAGGUGAACUAUGUGGACAUGGUGAAACUGCUGCUUGAGAGGAAGGCUAACAAAGACAUACAGGACAACAAGGAGCAAACUCCGCUAUUCCUUGCCUGCAAAGAGGGUCACGUGGAGACAGUGCGAACCCUCCUAGAUCAUUAUGCGAACCGUGAGAUCACGGACCAUCUCGACCAAUCACCUCGCGACAAGGUCAACGAGAACCGCCACAGAGAUGUCCUGAAAUUACUGGACACGUACAAGGUGGUUUUGAGUCCCAGUGCCACAUCGCCAACCGUCUCCAGCCCGGCCAGCCUGGCCAAUGGGGACAUGGGAAUGGUCAAUGGCUACGGCCACCUGGGCUCCAAGCCCAGUGCCAAGAAGAAAGCCUCGCGGUCCAAGUCAGCAGGACAGCAGCAUGCUGCCAAUGGUGACAUCGCGUCACACGCUGGUGAGAAGGCCGACAAGAAGUCACGCUCGAGGAAGAAGCGCAACUCAACAGAUGCGCCCACCACGGCCUCGCUUUCGCCGGCGGGAUCACUGGAGUCGCCGCGCGGUUUCGAAAGGACUUCUCCGCCGUUCCCGGUGUACACGAGCCAGACCUCGGCGAUGGUGGACUACCACAACAUACCCAGCGGAAUGCACAACGGUAUCCACCAGGUGCCGCGGUAUGUGGAGGAGGCCACAGCGAUGAAUGGCAAUGCUCACCUCAGCCACAGCAUGCAGAGCAUCAACCUAAAGACUGUUGUGCCCAAUGGAGAAAUUGGGUCUGACAUUGGGGCAGGUGCCAUUGCAGUGUCUUGCCCAUCAGAGCAUCAGUGGGGUAGUACAGCCAGCCAUCCACACUCGCAGCAGAAUCAUAGACUCAGAGAGCAACAGGGUAUGGUGUCACAACAGCAGCAGCAACAAGGGGCGUGUGCAUCACCUCCCAGUCUACCUCCUCUCUUGCAGCACUCCAUGGCGAAUGACAUCGCAGCUGCUGCUGUGUCUGUUUCCAGUUCUCCUGCAGCUCCGUACACGUUAUCCCCGACCAAGGGCUACCCCAACCAGCACCCGCAUGUCACCCAUCUCCCGCACCACAACCAUCACAUGCCGAGGCACCCCUCACAGUACAGCAAUGGCGACGUGCAUAUGAAUGCCAGGCACGCCAAGUCGCCCAUCCACAGGGGCCACGAACGCUCGCAGCCGAACCUGCGCAAACAAGCGCAGCCACACCACAACCACAUCAUCCAGACUCAGCUGCCCAAUCCGUCGGUGGUCAGCAUCAUGUCGGACAAGUACCCGACCCCGCCCUCCCAACACAGUCAGGGCGGUUCACCCUGUGCAGACAGCACCCCACACCUGUCAGCAGUGUUUCCGGAACAGUAUCUGACACCGUCGCCGGAGUCCCCCGGCCAGUGGUCCAGCUCCUCCCCUCAUUCGUCAGCCCACUCAGACUGGUCAGGUUCGGAAGGUAUUUCCAGCCCCCCUGGCCCGGUGACGAAUGGCCAUAUCCAAGACUCCUUACAAAUGCAGUAUAACCCUACAGUACAGGCCUACAUAUGAGUGGGUGCGAAUACCGUGUGUGUAUAUAUCAUGUGCAUGUACAUAGAGGGAAUGCUGCAUAUUUGUAUUCCACAAUAAUGGAAAUGUCAUUUGGCCAUUUGAAUAUAUGUCAAAGUUUUUUCGACAGUACUUUGUGUCAUAUUUGCUUUUACUGAAACUCUUCUGUGGCAAGUUGUGGCAAACAGCACAUGUAGUUCUGACAUGUUUUACAAGCUACUGAAAGAACUUAGAACUCAGAUUCUGUGAAUAUGAGCAAAAAAUGUCAUCCCAGCCUUUUUAACAGUCUAACUCUUUUUACCUCUGUGCUGGUUCACACAGUCUUUGUUUUCAUGCCAAGUUUUUUUCUCUGAUUGAAAUUCCAACUUGUAAGUACUGUUUUAAAUUGUGAAUAUUGAAAUUCUUAAGAGUUCCACUGAGUGACAUGUAAAGCCAAAAAGCCCUUCAUCUUUCUGUUUUGAAUACCUUGAAUGCAAAAAUACCUUCAAGCAUUCAUAAAGAGGUAGUGAUUUUUGACUUAUCAAAUCAUUCCUUAAAAUGUUCACUGCUUAAAAACAUUGACAUGAUGUGUGUUUCUGAAACAAAGACUAGUUGAUAAAAUCGCUUCAUUGUUGGACCAAACCCUUUCUAACAACUGAACACAACAAUCUGAACCGUUUACUCGUAGAAGAUUAAAAUUUAAACAGUAAAACACAAUUUUACGUAGGAUUAUUUUUGAUAUUGGGGUUAGUGGUGGUAAUCCAAGUAGAAUCUUAAUAUAACAAAAGAAAUUAAAGCACCUUUUAUAUAUAUAUAUAUUUUGUGUAACAUAUUGUAUUAAAACACUUAAUGACAUCUCUGGUGUGGCAGAGACAUAUGUAUGUACUUUUCUCUGUAAAUAAAUUCCAAACCAGCCGUCAGUAAUUGUAUUCAUAUGCCUUAAGUUAUAUUCAAAGGUUUUGUAAAGAGUAUUGUUUUUGAAGUGAGAAAGGUGUUUGAGAUUGCAAACAGUGCACCUUGAAUUGUACACCUUCAGAAGUCCUGAUCGAAAGUUUGCCCAUCACGACCCAAAUGCCUGUCGGUUAUCUUAACAAACGUUUGUUCUCAAGGCUGACACAGUACUCUGGGGUUGACAUUUCAAAGGCCGAGCAGUUGUUUUAGUGCAUCGAAAUUGGGUACAAAGAAUGAGCAAUCAUUUUGACCAGUAUUGAAGCAGUCAGUACUGAUUGAAUGUGCUGUUUGGAUAGGUUUUUGUCUUUCUCUGUGUUGUGGCUAGUCUUGCUUCGAUUCCGUCGCUAAUUUUAGCCUGUAACUUGCUGCUAAAUUUCGAAGACCUUGAUUGCUGUUAAUAUCCAAAAAAGUGCAUCAAUAGUCAAAAGAAAGUUGAAAUUGACAUGGUUUUUGAAUGGAGAAUCGAGUUAGAUGCAAGAUUGUUUUCCCUUAUUAGAGUGAUAAAACCUUGAAAUUCACAGCUGUAGAGAAAUGUAAGGAAAAGGAAAGGUUGCAAGGUACAGUCUAACUUUCUUAAAAUUUAUGAAGUCGUUUAUGAAAGUCCCUCCCCUAUUUGAUUUUCCUAUCAAUUGCUUAAUUCAUUUUGAUUUAUGUGAUCGGGGUUAAUUUCAGAGAGCUGUGAAAUCGAUUGUCUGAAUCAAGCCAAAUGUUAUAAGUACAAAGUAUCAGGUGGUGACAGAUGAAAGGACAACCGAGAAGACAACUGGGAAACUUGCUGGUAUCCAUCAGCAAGACAGCAGUUGAUAAUCAAAAAUUGAGCUGGCAAUCAACCUUCUGAGAUAACCUCAUGUUUCAGCACUGCCAACAGAAGAUUUAUGUUAUAUUAGUUUUUAUGUAAUGGAAAGUGUAGACUUGAUACAAAAGCUAAUAAUUAUUAUUUUUUCUGUUAGAAAGUUGUGUAUAACUGCACUUAAUUGUGUGGGUACAGUUUCUCCAGACAGCUAUCUUAGUAAGUUAGCAAUAUGAAAGCACUGCCUAUUUUGUUAAUAUAUUGUAGAGUGUAAUUGUUUUGAAUUGACUAUUUUUGUUUUGAGGCAACAGCAGACUCAUCUGAUUGUGUACUUAAUUGGGUUUUUUUGUGUACAAGUGUGUCAGGACCUGUUAAUUUUGUUUUUGCAACUCACAUGCACAAAGGUGAGGGGUGGGAAGGUAAGGGGUCACUAAACAUUUCUGCUGUGACCCAGAUGAAAUGAGCUGUAAAGUAAUGCAUAUUUUCAUUUUAAUUUGAGUCGUUAAAAUGUAAUAUUUGCAUAUGUUCUCAAGGACAGUGGCCCAGUUGGUUUAUUAAACUGGCUUUGUUCUAAACAAAACAUAUAAUUUGUCAAAUUUAGGUGGUUAGUUCAAGGUCCUUGUGUGUUGGUUUCAGACUUUAUUUGUGCUUUAAAGCCAGGUACAUGUAUCAUAUAUAAUUACAGUACCUGUCUCCAAGAAUUUGUUUCUUUCCCUCUGGAGUUUGUUAAUUGCUGUCCUUUAUCAAUAACUGCUUUUAAUGCCAAGGUUCAGCGUGAUUUUCCAAGCCAUUUUGUUGAAUUUGGGGAAAUCGCUGCCGAGGGAAGUGAACUCCUUGAGAGUCUCCACCGAGCAUUUUGUCUGGUAGGGCACCAAUGAAAACAAACAUUUUGUAAUGGCUGUUUUAAAUUAGGUGCCCUUAUCAAGUGAACUUUAACUGGGCAAGAAAGUGUGGAGAGUUGGGGAAUCCAGCCAGCUCUCUGAGACGGUGUGUAAGAUCCUGAAGAAUGUGUUUACUGAUGAAAGAGAUUUGAAAACACGGGCAGAAAGCAGAUAAUGGUCGAUCAUUGGCUCAAACUUGAAAGAAGUUUGUCGCUGGGGUCCCCAGGUUUGUUUUUACAGGGCAUUCGAUGGAGGCAUUACUGGUGAUUUUUUUCCUAUUAAGUAUGCAAUGUAUAGGCAUUUGCAUUAUGUAGUUACUUCUUCAUUUGUGCCAUUCAAGAGGAAUGGAGAAAAAUUGCUUUGCUACUUAAACAUUUCCAAGGUACAGCGUUGUGUAGUAAAGCAAACAUGGUCUUAAGACCAAAACACCUCAUAUUAUGGCUGUGUUAACUCCAAAUUAAUAGUACUUAAACUCCUUGUAUUAUGCACGUUCCUGUCUUUUGAUUUGAGAACCUUGUAUUAAUGUUUGGCUUGAGUUUAUAGAUUGAAUAAAAUGUGCAAGAGGCACGCAAGAAUACCAAGAAAUAAAAUGGAAUCAUACUUCAGUAUUUCCUUUCA